AGUUUUAGAGUGAUCACUGAGGCUUAACAAUGAUUUCUUUGGUGGUAUUUUUAGCGAUAUUUGGAGUAACUCUAGGACAAUACAGGCCAAAUCCUGGUCCAAUUUCACCUGGCCAGGUUAUUCGUAUAAUCAGUCAAACCCAAGAAGGUCCAAAUCCAGAUGGAUCAUACGCAUGGAGUUAUGAUGCAGAAAAUGGUAUCUCCGCCCGUGAAACUGGCCGACCAAAAUCACAAGAUAUUCUAGGCGUCCAAGGUGACUUCAAAUACACCGGACAAGACGGAGUACCCAUUCAGCUAACAUACACUGCCGAUGAAAAUGGAUUCGUUCCUCAAGGCGCUCACUUACCUACUCCUCCACCAAUCCCAGACGCUAUCCUAAGAUCUCUCGAGUACAACGCUGCCCAUCCCGAAGAAGAUGAUAGCCAGAGACAACCUACUGGAGGAUUUAGAAGACCAUAACCGGAUUUAGAAGUAUUUAACUAUACGAAAUGACGUUUCUGUGGUAUUUAAUUUAUACGAAUGUGAUGUUUAUAUGUUGUAAUAUAUUUUUGUGAAUAAUUAUACGUGCAAAUAAAAUGAAUGAAUUGUAAAUUUCUUCUACUGUAAUAUAGCUAACCAUUGAAGCAGU